AUGUGUACGGAAUUAGAAGAAGGUAUUGUAUAUCGUGAACAUUAUCUAAGUUCCAAAAUAAAAGCAGGAUUUAUCGGCGAACCUUUGAAAAAACGUUCUAUUUCUACAACUGGCGAAGUGCAAGAAAAAUUGCAUUGUCCUGUUAGUUUUAGUCCUGGAUCGAAUGCCUCUGCACCUAUGGAGAUAAUGCGAAUCUAUCAAGAGGCCGGAGGGAACGCUCGCAAAGCCAUUAUGUGUCACGUUGAUCGUACUUUGACCAACGAGGAACAACUCAUGGAAUUCGCAGAUGAUAACAAAUGUUACAUACAAUUCUCUAUGUUUGGUACCGAGUGUUCUUUCUAUCAUCACGAUCCGACUGCUGUUAUACUGUCAGAUGCAGAGCGUGUCAAAUUUAUUGCAAAAUUCAAAAAAGAAUCGAAAUUGGAUCAGGUUUUAAUGAGUCACGAUAUUCAUACCAAUAACAGACUGGUAAAGUAUGGCGGUCAUGGAUAUGGUCAUAUCCUUCAAUUUGUAUUACCGUAUUUGGAAGAUAAUGGUUUCACCGAUCAGGAUAUCACACAACUAAUGGAGAAAAAUCCUAAAAAUUGGCUAAGCCGUGGUCAAUAAUCGAUUUAUAUCAAAAAUUUAUUUUUUUUCUUACAAAACAUAAAAACAUGAAUGAAAAAUGCACAACAACUUUCUAUAUGCGAUAUUGUUUUUUUUUAAAAAUUGUAAACAGUUUAUGCAGUAGCUAUUGAGUGCUAUAACUAUAUUCGUUUAUAAUAUGUAACAAUUUUAAAAUAAUGUGAUUUUCUUUCAAAUAAGUACUCGGCAUUCAAUUCUCGUCUAAAUUGCGCACGUGGAUAUAAAAAUCGAAUUUUGCAUUGGGAUCAUAAGUACCAUACAUGUACACAAAAAUGUUAACGACGUUGCUCAGUCUGCAGAAUACUACAGAUACG